AUGAAGUUACUUUCAUCCAUAUUCUUUCUCAGUCUCACUUUAGCAACAACUUGUCUAUCAGAUAAAGCUCCUAAAAUCAAAAAGAAUCCCAAAAACAUUGUCGCCAUUGCUGAUUUUCCAUUUGGUGGCAAUAAGGAUAUCAAAGGAAAUGUUGUCUUUACUUCAUCAGGUAAACAUGUAAAUGUUCACGUUGACAUGACUGGAUUCCCUCAUAAUGAAGGUCCAUUUUAUUACCAUAUUCAUGAACGAUCAGUACCGGAAAACGGCAAUUGUGAAGCUUGUGGAUUGCAUUUCAACCCAUACAACUCCAGUCCUGAUUGUCUUGCUCAAAAACAUGAUGGGUAUUGUCAAGUGGGUGAUUUAUCAGGUAAACAUGGUGCUGUAAAUAGUACUUGUUUUGAAUUCAAAUUCACUGAUCCAUAUUUGUCAUUAAACAAGAGAUCAAAGAGCUAUAUUGUUGGUAGAAGUUUGGUUUUCCAUUAUGCAAACAUGACGAAAUUGGCUUGUGCUGAUAUUGAAUUGGCAAAUGAUUUGCGCCUUCAAAGUUUAAUGGAUGAAUAUGUUCAAACUGAUGAUACGGUACAAAUAGCCCAGUUGAAACAAUCAUUGGAUCAAGGUUACUCUUUUGAUGCUUUGGAAGCUUUGAGAAAUGAAGUGUAUGAAAGUGAGGAUGAUGAAGUGACGAAUGAGUUAUUGCCACCAUCUUUGGAACAGGAAAUCAAACAGCCAAAUGAAGAACCAGCAGCACCGGUGAUUAUUGAUAACGAGCAAAAUGACAAAGACAAUUCGGAAGAUCUUUCUCGAUCAAAGAAUUUCAAACACAUCUUGCAAGACGUCAAAGUGUUGCCGCAAAAACUAGUCAACAAAACCAAAAAUCAUUGGUCCAAAGAAGACGAGGGCAAAUUUGGCAAAACCAAAUUGGACAAGUUAAUUCAUCACUCAUCAAUCGAUUCACCAAAUUCAUCGGAAUUGAAAUUGUAUCAAAACCAAACCAAUGUCACCUUGCAUGGAAUUUCUGAAGAUUGUUCACCAAAUUCAAGUUCUGCCUUGUUUGCAACCUUGUCAACUUCGUUUCUUUAUGCAAUGAUGAAUUCAUUAAUGAUUGGGUUUAUCAUCAUGUUGUUGAUAUGA